AGAAGAUAUGGCUUCCAUUCUUAUACUAGUGACCUCCUUUCUGCUGGGAGGGAGUUCAGCGUUCAUUUUGGAUGACGCCUUCCUCCCCCAGUACUACAGGAAUGGGAGAAGUCUCGUGUUGGUAGGCGGGAACUUGGCCGAGAAUAACAGCGAGAUUUAUAAUACCAUCAUCGAGUUGUGUGGCGGGAGAGGUAUUGCAAAAAUCGGGAUCAUUAACGCUGCCAGCCUGGAUCCGGUGGGAGGGUACCAGUAUUACAGGGACCUUUUUCUUAAGUAUGGAGCACUGGAGGCUAAUAGGAUCCCGAUUGACGUCAAUCACACCCAAGCCAAUGCAGACCCAAAGGUUGUGUCACUCGUACGGCAGCAAACCGGCUUCUUCUUUGGGGGAGGCGACCAGCAAAGAAUCAUAGACACAUUUUACAACCCCACACAGACGGGGCUGAUGGAAUCCCCAGUUUUAGUUGCUCUCAGGGAGCGCUUUAAUCUUGGGGCUGUGAUAGCAGGAACUAGCGCCGGUACUGAAUGCCAACCAAACAAAAUCAUGAUCAACAGUGGAGAGAGUUGGGAAGCGCUUACAUAUGGUGUACACACAAGCUAUUCUGACAAACAUCCACAUGAUUUGGUCUAUAAUCCUCAUGGUGGGUUAGGAUUUCUGGAUGGAUUCAUAAUUGAUGCCCAUUUUAGUGAACGUGGACGAGAAGGAAGAUUAGCAGUGCUUCUGGACGAGACUCGUCGGAGUUCACACAUCUCGCGAGGUUUUGGCGUAGAUGAGAAUACCGCGUUAGUUGUCACACACGCUGAAUCAGAUGCUAUUGUAGGAAAGGUAAUUGGACAGAAUGGUGUGGUAUUUAUAGACGUGAGUCAUGCCCAUCACGAUCCACACAGCACCUACUACUCCAUCAGUAACGUUAUAUUUCACUACCUCACUGAAGGAGACCAGAUAGGACUGAGAAAUCUGAACAUAACGUUUUCUCCUACAAAGACCCCAAUGAGAGGACACGAAGCUUACGAUCACGCACUUACUUCCUCUGAUAUAUUUUACGGAAAGCAUCGUGAUAGUACGCAUAAGCCCGAAUUUACUCGAGCAGCCACGAGUGUGUUCGAUUCUCGUUUAGACAGCACUACAUACGGAGACACUUAUGAAUCUCAUCCAACUUUUCGGGUCACUAUGACCCGGACGUCGUAUUCUGUUGGGUAUGUAGAAAGGAAGUCAUCAUUCCAUACUGAUAUCACUUCUUAUGAAAAUCUUGUUGUUAGUAUCGCUGAACGAAAAUAAACAAAUCUUAUUAUAAAAAUUGUCUG